AUGACGCGACCUCAGAUCCUGUUUCUCGAUGCGUACGACUCCUUUACCAACAACAUCGUAUCCCUUCUCACAACGCUGCUUGGUGCCGAUGUUCACGUUCUACCGAUUGACACGCCCUUGCUAGACCCAAAGUCGCCGACGUUCUCGGAUGAUUUUCAUCGUGAGCUGUCGCGAUACCAUGCCGUAGUUUGCGGACCCGGGCCCGGCUCUGCCGCGAACGAGGCGGAUGUUGGGCUCAUGAGAUGUGUCUGGAGAUUACGGGAUGAGAACCUCUUGCCCGUUCUGGGAAUUUGCCUCGGAUUCCAGAGUCUUAUUCUUAGCUCCGGUGGUAAGGUGAGGAGGCUGCAACGCGGACUGCAUGGGAUGGUCCGCACCAUCCGGCACGAGAAGCCUCAGUCAACCUGCGCCGGAGACAUAUUUUCUGGUGUUUCUGAGUUCAAGGCAACUCUUUACCAUAGUCUCUGUGCCGACAUCGGACAGGAUUUCAUCUUAGAUACCGAAUGGGUGUCAAGGCGAUGGCUAGCGCAGGACAUGGCCCCUGAGUUACUGCCCCUGGCCUGGGUCGACGAGGAGAGAGAUAAUGGUCGCGAAAGGAUUCUCAUGGCGGUCAAGCAUCGGAACAAACCCUUCUGGGGUCUUCAAUACCAUCCUGAAUCCGUCUGCACGCAGGCCGCAGGCCACAUGGUCAUCCGCAACUGGCUCCGCGAAGCCAUGGCUUGGAAUCAAGAGUCGAAUAGGACGGUCACGAGCGGAGAGCAGUUCCUGGCGAGAAACGCCGUGAAGCCGAGGGGCAACGCACCCAUGCUGGCAUGGACGGAGAUGCCGACGUCUCUGGCGACCGUGGGACUCGACUGCGACUACAGCUAUAAGACCAUCGACCUUCCGGUGAAUAUCAAGGUGCCGGAUAUCGUGGAAAUACUGAAGAGCGGCAGAACAGAGCACAUCAUUUUGGACUCCUCUAACUCAAGCAACAUGGCUACUGGCGCUGCGGAUGUACGAGGAAGAUUCAGCAUUAUCGCACUGGACGUGGAAGAGUCCCUGCGUAUCGAGCAUCACGUUGGAGACGACUUCGCCACGGCACGCAUCCCUUCGAUCCAGGGGAUGCCCGUUGACCUCGUGGAGACCAUUGCCUUGGGGCCCCGUGAGAAUAUUUGGCAUCUGCUUUCCAGCUUCCUCGAAAAGCGACACGUCACGGCGUCGGGUGAUCUGGAGACACCGUUCCGGGGUGGCUUCAUGGGUUAUCUCACAUACGAGAUGGGACUAAAAGGAAUCAACGUGGCCGUGUCAAAUGACCGUGAGCACCAGCGGCCGGAUCUGUGUUUCGCCUGGGUCACGAAGAGCAUCGUUGUGGAUCAUGUCAAGGGGCUCUUGCACGUUCAACACCUGCAGAAGCGGAAGCUCAACGCCGACUUCUGGAUCGACUCUGUGGUAGCAUCACUGCAGACAUCGCACCUCUGGCAGUCGGGCAAGGCCGCCGUCAAUGGCUCGGAUUCGUCGACGGUGGCUACCCGCCCUACAAUUCAGGUGCCCGACGCCGACGACUACGAGGCCAAAGUCUCCCGCUGUCAGGACUUUAUCGCGGCCGGCGAAUCGUAUGAGCUCUGCUUGACAGAUCAAACGACAAUAACCCUGCCAGGACGCCAGGCGAGGGAAAAUGGUCCAAACGGGCAAGUCAAUGACCGCACGCCCUCCAAGUCAGCCUACGUCGCGCCCUGGAAGCUCUACAAGACCCUCCGCGCUCGCCAACCAGCACCCUUUGGCUCCUUUAUUCACCUCGGCGGCGCGACGCUAAUCAGCAGCUCGCCCGAGAGGUUCCUGGAGUACGAUGCCAGCGGCUUUUGCUCGAUGCGGCCUAUGAAGGGUACCGUUCGCAAGUCCAACGAAGUCGCGACGCUGGCUCAGGCGGAGCAGAUCCUGCAUGUGCCCAAGGAGGAGGCAGAAAACCUUAUGAUCGUGGACCUGGUGAGGCACGACCUGCACGGCGUGUGCGGGUCCGGGAACGUCGAGGUGCCACACCUGAUGAAGGUUGAGGAGUACGCGACGGUUUUUCAAAUGAUCACCAUCGUCAACGGACAGUUGCCGGACCACCGGACUGCAGCAGAUCGGCAUACGGGAUUGGACCUGCUUGCGGCUAGUCUUCCGCCGGGGAGCAUGACGGGGGCGCCCAAGAAGCGAAGCUGCGAGCUGUUGCAGGAGAUUGAGGGCCAUAGGGAGCGGAGCCUGUACUCGGGCGUGGUGGGGUACAUGGAUGUCACCGGAAAGGGGGACUGGAGCGUGACGAUCCGGACGAUGUUCAAGUGGGACGACGAGGUCGCGCCGCCUAUGGACGGCGAGACGGAGCCACGGGAGGUCUGGCAUAUCGGGGCCGGUGGUGCCGUGACGAUUCUGAGCACGCCGGAAGGAGAGAGGGAAGAGAUGUUUACCAAAUUGGCGGGACCCUUGGGGGUCUUUGCGGAAGCUUGA